ACGAAUCGACCGGGCGGAUGUGUUUAACGCGGGCAUCCGCCGUAGCGACCCGGUCAAACCGGCCGCCGCGGCGCGCGUUUACCACUCGCCCCACCAGAUCGGCCCGGAACCGUCCACCACCGCGCCGGCACGUUAUUUCCUACCGUCGGGACCCUCUAGCGAACACGGGCGGCGGCCGUGUGUAAUCGGUAUUGUUAUUAUCGCAUUGUUGUUGUUAUUGUUAUAUAUUUAUCGAUCGACGAGGCGCCCGUCCGGCGGAUACCGGGGACCCGCACGUAACCGUUUUCGCUCCGUUCGUACCGCGCGGCGACUGCCGACUCCCGUAAAGACCGCAGUCAACGGUCGAACACGGACCUAUUCGCACGUACCUUUACUCUGCCACCGUCCUCGCGUGUCAUUAUUAUCAUCAUCAUCAUCGUUGUGGAAGUCGUCGUUAAUAAUUUACUAUAACGUGGUAGUCGUAAACAAACGCCACCGAGUACGCAUAUACCUACUAUAUACGAUACAACAACCGGUACAGGGUAUUAUUGGUCGUAAAAAUCUUCCAGCUAUAAUAUAAUAACCGACGGUCGGACGACAUAAUUAUGGUCUAUUUCACGGAAAAACUCAUAAACGAAGUACGCAAGCGGUCAUGCAUAUGGGACGCAGCUGACAUGAACCACCUCAACAAGGAAGUGUUGGCCAAUACCUGGGCAGAGAUCGCUGAAAACCUUUAUUCGGAUUGGCACACACUCAGUGGUUUCGAUAAACGUGAUAGAGUAUCCGACGUCAAAAAAAAGUGGACAAACAUUAAAGACUCGUUCGUCAAAGACGUCAAGGGCAACAAACCUAGAAAGAAGUCCCAGUGCCUGCCUGAACACCGGAAAAAGUACUAUCUGUUCGAUCAUCUACAGUUUCUGUUGCCAUUUGUACAAGAUUCGAAUUCUGGUCGAUCAGCAGAACACCACGGUGGCAGCGAACCAGUAAAGAGAAAGAAAAUCCGUAAAAACACGCUUGGCGAGGGCUCGUCUCGAAAUUCGCAACAGGCGGUGAAGAUGACACCCUCGGCUGUUCCAGGAUCGACUGGGAGAUCGGAAUCUUUGCAACCGGACAUACAGAAGCAAGCCGACUUACUCAAUAACAUCGCGGGUAAAACAGCCGCAGACGCGCUGUGUCAGCUGGACGGUGAUUUAUCUUUCAUGGUGUCGUUGUUGCCUACUAUCAAAUCGAUGGAUGAAAAGCAAAAACUUAACUUCAAGAUCGGCAUCCUGCAGCUUGUGUCCCAGAUAAAGUUCGAUGAAGUGCUACAUCAUCCCCCGGGUGCAGUGUACGGUACGCAGUUUAUUUCGACGACCCCCGAUCUUGAAGGCUUUUCUGUGUCUAGUCCACCGGCAGGGGCUGUGGGCGAACCACCAUUGAAACCAUUCGUCAACCGUGUAACUGUGUCGUCUACACAGCAACGACCGCAGCAUCACCAACGCAACCAUCAACACCAUCUCGAGCACGAAUCAACGGUUAAACAGGAAGUAAUCGAUUCGAGUUACGAGUGUGAUACCGAAGACGAUAGUUAAUCAAAAUUAUGAUUGAAAAUAUGCCAAAUCGAAGAUGAAAACCAACAAUAAUUGUCAUUGUAUAUAACUUAUUUAAGAUCUUUGAUAUAAAAAUACGAUUUAUUAAGUAUUAUUAUCUUUUUUAUAAUUGUUUGCUAUUGUUGUUGCACAUUGUGUUGUAUAAUUAAUAAGUACUAUAAUAAUAUGAUGUAUUUAUGUCCAUCAGUGAUAUGAAUUAAAAUGUAUUUUUGUUUCUA